AUGCUGAACCCUGCGUCCCCGGUUUCGCCAACCUCCGUAGGGAGGAAACGACCGCACCCGCCUGCGGAGCCCGCUCCGACCCUGCCGGACACGUCGGCGCAACCGCUGCGCUCCUCCCGCGACGCACCUAUGAAUCGCCCGCUCGCGCCCUCCUCCGCAUCGAAUUCUUCGUUCCGCAAUGUCUCCGCGUGUAACCGCUGCCGACUACGCAAGAACCGUUGCGAUCAACGGCUGCCCCGAUGUCAGUCAUGCGAGAAGGCUGGUGUGCGCUGUGUUGGCUAUGACCCUAUUACAAAACGAGAGAUCCCACGGAGCUAUGUGUAUUUCCUCGAGACCCGCGUGGCAUAUCUAGAGAAACUGUUGAUGGACAAACAAAUUGAAUUCAAAGACCCGGUAGCCUUUGACGAAGAGGAUGCUAUCAAAGUGGAAGCCGGUCUCGAUCCUGCCCAGACUCAAGUAGUUAGCGCGGAGAUGUCGACAAGCGUCGAAAUUCCGACCGCUGACACAACAAACGGGAGAGUGACGCAAGUGAAAGGGGAGAAGCAGAGGCUGGUUUCGCGACCCGAUGGGAACCCGGAGAAUGAGCACGAUCCGGAGGCCAAUCGAGAUCACGAACGCGAAGACAACUGGCGGAUACACAACCUCGUGUCGAAUAUUGGCAUGGUCUCGGUCCAAGGCACGUCGGAUCCUCGAUAUUUGGGUUCCACGUCGGGUAUCUCCUUUGCGCGAGUCGUGUUCGCUGCGGUGAAAAGCUCCGUCGCAGGCAAUGGAUCGGACCGUGGCCCCAUGCGGCCUCAUGAGCGGUUACCCCAUAGCGCUACCGGAACGGCGGGAAGUACCAUGCGAGAUUCCUUUUUUGGUCUCCAGACGAGGCCGAUGAUGAAAUGUGCAACGUUCCCGGACCGCGAGCUGGCCGAACGCUUGGCCCAUCUGUAUUUCGAGCAUGCAAACCCCCAAAUGCCCAUUCUCCACCGCGCCGAUUUCAUGGAUCUCCUGGACCGUACUUACGCGGUCGACGAGAAAAGCCGUUCCCCUCGCAGCCUUUAUAUCCUUAACAUCGUAUUCGCCAUUGGCGCCGGCAUCAUAUUUGAAGAUAAAGCAUCAAAUGAGGAUAAAUCUGAAGGCCAUGUUCAAUCGCCCACCUUGUCCUCUGCCAAGAGGCCGCGGUUGUCAAACCAUCAAUGUCAACCGGAAGAAUAUCAUGCCUCGGCCAUCAUUCACCUGGAAUCUUUCCUGGGGGCGUCGUCGUCAGGUGAUGGUUUUGGUGCGCUAGAGGAGCUGCAGGCAGUGCUGUUGCUCGCUAGUUUCGCCUUGUUGCGGCCUGUGGCUCCGGGGCUUUGGUACAUCGUCGGGGUCGCCAUGCGGCUGGCUGUCGAUCUUGGUCUCCAUUAUGAGGACGGCGCCGGCAUUGAUUCGCAUGGCGAUGAAAGUUUGAAUCGCUCGCAUAGCAAAGGCGAAGAUAGCACAAAGGCGCGCAUCGAUAACCGCGAGCGUGGACGCCGAGAGUGGGUUCGCGAUCUCCGUCGCCGGCUGUGGUGGUGUGUAUAUAGCUUUGACCGUUUGGUCAGCUGUUGCGUGGGCCGCCCCUUCGGAAUCAGUGAUCAGGCCAUCAGCACCGAGUUCCCGUCACUGUUGGAGGACUCAUAUAUCACCAAGUCCGGGAUUCUGGCACCCCCGGAAGGUGCUCCAAGUUACAAGCAUGCGGCACAUCAUUAUUUCAAGCUGAGGGUGCUACAGUCCGAGAUCCAGGACGUGCUACAGCAUCAACAAGCCCGAUUUGCUAGACAAAAGGCUCCCUAUGCCGCAAGGCGAUUCAUGCGCUCGGACCUUUCGUCUCCCUUUCUACAAGGCUUCGACUCUUUCCGUUCGUGGCGGAAAGAUGUCCACCGGCGAUUAGCAGAGUGGCAACAGAGCGCGCCCACUCGACGUGAAACGGGCGUGCAGUUCUCCGUCGAAUUCCUCGAACUGAAUUACUGGCAAGCAGUCAUCAUGCUGUAUCAACAAAGCCUCACGGUCCCCGCGGAGCUGGCGGAAGAAAUGACACCGGCCGAAGACGUAUCUAGUCCGUCAUUCUCUAACGUGGAUGAGGUCGAGGAUGAAGAUGAUAUUUACUACAAGGUCGCUGAAGCCGGUCAGAAAGUCAUUCGGAUAUACCGUCAAAUGCAUCGCGUGCGAUUGGUGAAUUACACCUACUUAGCCACCCAUCAUAUCUUUAUGGCAGGCAUCUCAUUCUUGUAUGCGAUCUGGCAUUCUCCCUUGGUCCGAAGCCGUUUGACCCUUGAUGAGGUGGAUUUUACAGUGCUUGCUGCCACGUCCGUGCUGGGAGAUUUGAUGUAUAAGUGCCCGCCCGCAGAAUCAUGUCGAGAUGCUUUUGAGCGGAUGAGUAAAGCGACCGUGCAAAUGUGCCUGUCAACCACCGGGUUUGGUUCCCAGGUAGAUUUGACUCGCAUACAGACCAAUCCAUCGUCUUCAAAUGGCCCGUACAAUAACCGAUCCAGACAGCAUGCGCGAUAUACUAUGGAUCAGAGACAGGGACCGUCUCAUGGGCCCGUGCGACGAUCAACGCAGACGCGCCAGUCCCGUCCAUUGCCGAGGUUUGACAUGAAUCUGGGGGAUCUGUUUAAUGACAACAAUUCCGUUUCGGAUCGUCAACCCGGUGGCUCGCGCAAGCCGGUACAGGCAUAUGGCCGAUCGGAAUACUCCGAAGCGUCAUCGUCGAACUUUACUCCCAGUCGAGCUACUCGACCGCCGCCUCAGCAGUCUCCCCCCAUAGAGUUUUAUGGUAACUACGAGAGCCCCGUCUCACCGCAGCAACAGCAACAGCAGCAGCAGCAGCAAUAUUUCUUCACAAACUCUCCGCAGCCAAGCGCAUCACCUAGCAGCGUUGUUGCUCACUCCGGCCACCAACCGUCACAAGCUAUGGACCCAGAACACCAAUCCGGGAUCAGCCUAGACUUCUUGGAAUUUGAUCCUGCGGGGGCCGAAGGACAAGCUCACUUUGGUUCAGACGAAAUGUCGGAAUACAAUCUGCAGGCAAUGCCCUCAUUGGGACACGGCGUAGGCCAUAGCGUCGGGAUUGACCUCGGGUUUGGCAUGGCGGUCGACUUCCAACAUGAUUGGAGCGAAAACCCCAAUCUCGACAUUUUAGAAGGCUAUUUCUUCGGUGGAUCGGGCGCCGGUCCAUCUGGGGAUGCCCAGUAG